CUACCUCCAAAUGUUGACUCUUCCAAGGAGACCGCUCGCCCAGAAGCUCUUCAGGCCCGUCGGUGCUCGCCUAUUCAGCAUCUACGAAGGUCAAACCGUACAGGAGUCUGAACUGAUACCACAGGAGGAUGAUUGGGUCAUUGAAGAGACCAACUUCUGUUUGGGAAGGAACUGCUACGUGCGCUUUCGUGAGGAGGACGACCUAGCCAGGCGUGCUCUGCACCAGAUGGACUCCCAGCUGAAUAAGAUGCAUACUAGGCUCAGAGAUGGUACUGUCAUUCCUUAUAUGUCCUUCCAUCCGGAUGAAAUGGUCGACAGACCUGCGCCAAUUCAUACCUUCUCUGAGAAACCGUUAUUGAAGUGGACGUGGGAUGAGACUUACGAGGAGGCGUAUGACGAUCCCGAGGCCCCAUCCUACAAACGAGUACCCUAUCCAGGAGAUGCUCAGACCGAAGCCCCCGAGGAGGUGGAGGAACCUCUGAAGAAGCUGAAGGCUGCUAAAGUGGUGGUAGAGACCGAGCCAUCUCCUCCUGAUGCCGAGACCACGUCGUCGAAAGAGAAGGGUAAGACUAAGAAGGGGAAGAAGUAAGGAUGCGUCCAGCUCCGGCGAAUAUUGAUACUAUUGCCCCUCGUACAUCCAGAGGCGGUUGCCCUGGACAUUUGGUGUGGAGACCAUCGACCUUCUUCGCUGAACCAUGGUGGCUGAAAGAAAUGACCCAUUUUGUUUU